AUCGUUUGCUCAAAAACACAGAAGCUAUUUCUUGUACUUUCCACAAUUGGCGAAACGUUUAUCACAAGAUACAUGCAUGUGUGGCUUUACUUCCUGUUCUCGAACAAGUGAAGUGUUAGUAGCAUGACUCUAGAGGAGUCAGAAGGCAAGUAACUUCAAGGACCUCGAUGAUUUACGCCGGCAAGCCCACGAGCAAUGAGUCUGUGUGGAAUUGUGCUGCUUUGCGUCGUGUGCAUCCAUCAAGUACUUGCCAACGAGGACGUAUAUAUUUUUGGUUACAGUGGCCAAUCAGUCGUCCUGGAAUCUGGAGCGGACCGCUCAUGGAAACUCACCAGAGUUCAGUGGUCCAUUUAUCAGAACACCACAUUCAUUGCGAGUCUAAAGGAAGGCCAAGUGAUUAUAUACAAGUUUUGGAGACACCAGGGUCGACUUCAGCUCGACCCCAGUACAGGAGAUUUAACAAUCUUUAAUGUGACGGUGGAUGAUGGUAUGAUAUAUAACGUGGCUUUGGUCACAUCAGACCACACACGGAAACAAGUUAAAGUUCAUCUCUCAAUUCAAGAACCUCUCCAGAAACCAGUCAUCAAGAAGAUGCUUCAUUCUCUCAAUGACAGCCAAUGCUGCGUUGGCCUUGAGUGCACUGCAUCUGGCCAAAGUGUCAGUUUGUCCUGGAUGCCUGAUGGCGAGUUCAACGGAUCGUAUAUUUCAGGAAUCCCAAACUCUGUCGACUCAUCGCUGGUUCUUUUCGCAUCGAUUAAUGGGAAAAUAAGCGUGACGUUCAACUGCACUGCCUCCAGUGAUCAACAGACAGUGACCAGACAAAUCACAGUGCAAUGUUCAGAGGAGAAGCUGAUGUGUGAAGUCUGCAUCAUCUUCUGCUCAUGUGUUUCGUCUGUGAUGCUGAGUAUCGUGUUUACAGCUGCAGUCGUUUUGUUUUUAGCAUAUGCAUUCAAAAAUAAAGACACAAUUUUUGCUGCCUGCCCUGAAGGCCUCCUCAAGUUUCCUACAAUAUAUACUGUCACACCACGGACAGAGACGUAAAGGACUCAGUUUACCGCAGUACUUGUCCUGGACAUUUGUUUUUUUGAAGCACCAGUUUCAGUCCAUUUUCCUGUUGAGUUCAAGGGAAAGCAGAUGUGGUGUAAGAAAAAGAAAACUUCAUUUGCAACCAUUACCUGAUGGAAAAGAACAUAUGAUGUUAUCUUUGACAUUUAUUUUUUUUUCGCUCUGUUUGACUUUUUUCUUUUUCUGAAGUAGUUUCCUUUGAAAGCAAAUAAUGAGCGUAGGAUGUGACUGUUGGUUUGACCUCAUUGGAUGCGGUCUAUGAAAUGUGUCAUCAGUCACCUGUGUAAAUGAUUGUUUCUGCUAAUUCAGGCAACCUUUUCAAAGAUCUUCAAAAUCUGAGUCAAGGAUCUCAAGGCUUGAGCUCCUUCAGUUUGAACUAGGGGUUGCACGACUACUGAUUUCUACUAGUCG